ACAUACAGUGAAAUCCCGGAAAGAGUUGACUACUAAACUGAAACCUGUACAUUUUUCUCACAGUACAUGUAGUAACUACACAAUGGCCUGUACAUUACCACUGGCAUUCCUUGUCCUUCAUGGAUUUCUCUCUCUUUCAGCAGAUUCAUGCAAUUAUUAUCUCCAACAUGGAUCUUUCUUCUCCAUCCCUCUGAAAUACACUGACUUGAGUUCGAAAGAAAUAACCUGGAAACACAAUGGCAACGUUAUAUUAAAAAGAAAGAAUGGAAUGUUCAAACCAGGCAAGGCUGAGGACAUCUUAGAUGAUGGGUCUCUCCAGCUCAAAGGCCUGUCGUUMGCAAACGAAGGUACUUACAAAGCAGAGGUGUUCAACAGCGACGGGAAAAGCAUCCUAGAAAGGGCCUUCAGCCUGUGUAUGAAGGAAAAAGUCUCCAAGCCCUCAGUUGAAAUCACCUGUUCUGCUAAGUACGUCACCUUUACCUGUAUCUUGACCAACACUGAGGGAGUGACCUUCAAGUGGAGCAAGAACAGACAGCCUAUAAAUGAGAAAACAAAAAUCUUGACCAUCGGUCUGAUAGAACUGAAGGAGCCGGACGCCUUCACCUGCUCUGCAGUCAACGAGGUCAGCAUGGAGACAAGUGACAUCAUCAAACCAACGUGCAACGCUGUCUCAAAAUCGGGUGAUCCUCAGUUACUGUUUGGUUUUGAUUUCUUGACCAUGGUGAGCAUCCUGGCCGUCGGAGGGGGCUUGGUACUCCUCCUCAUCAUCAUCACCUUGGUGUGCUGUUGCCUCAGCCGACGCAAGAGCCAGAUGCGCUUUGAAGAGGAAAGAGAGUUGAGACUAGCCCCCCUGACCAAGACCCAGCAUCCAUACCACCCAGAGGGCCAGACAAAGCAUCCUUCUCACCCAGAGGGCCAGAAGCAAAGGCAGAGACCCCCCGGUGGGGUCCCACCUGGUUCCACGGGCCCCAGGCCCACGGCCAGAGCCUCAAGCCAGGCCGCGCCCCAACCCAGAGCCCAGGCUCGAGGGAGGCCUCCAKAGACACCAAUGGAUGACGAUGAGGAGCAGCCCCCACCACUACCCCAGCCUAGGAAGAAAGGCCCUCACCCCUCCAGGCAAUGAGUGUGGAGACAGGUUUGCCUAUAUACUUUUUGAUCUAAGGAAAGGAGUUCCAGCAGUCUAGAUGUUGAAAAUGUUGUUAUCUAAAGAAUAGAAAAGGAAGGAAAAAAAUACCCCCACAGUGUUCCUUUCUUCCAAUGCCUUUUCAAAGUUCUGUUUCAUUGUUUUUAUGUUGAGUUGAGUGGUAAUCAAAAUCAUCCAUAGGUUGUAGCCUACCUAUCUAUCCACCUCCUCUUGAAAUAGUGACCUUAACUUGAUGUCUGUGUGGUUGUCAAUAAAAACUAAAGAACUACAGGCA